AUGACCAAGGGAUUUGUUAUAUCUAAUGGGUUAUGUGCUGAAAACGAGCCGUUGUCUAAUGAUAAUAAUACGCAAGCACCGUUAUUGCAAUCGAAUAUUUUGUUUGAUAAUGCUCAAUCAUCGUUACAAUCAGUUGUUGGUUCACCUGCAUUUACACCAGUUAAUCCCAUAGUGAACGUGGUCGGUAGUGAGCGAUUGUACGGUGGAUUUAUGAUGUGCUCUCCGAGGAAACCUAUUAACAUGUCUACCAAUGUUAAUGUUCAUCCAACUUCAUUCGAAGAUAAUUAUGUGGCCACCAGAGGAACACCAUUAAGUGCAACCACAAAUGUUACAAGCAACCCAAAUUCAUAUGCAUUGAACGUUGAAAUUCCACCUGUCACACCUUUAUCUGUUAUCACAGAUGGUGGUAGAGUGGAUAGGUCAAUCAACACUGGUAACGCACCUCCGGUAUUUAGAAUUAGUGGUCAAAAUUAUCACUGCAUUGGAAGUUUAGUUCCAGGAGAAGGGUCUACCCCAAAAUUUGCGCAACUAUAUAUUUACGACACAGAUAAUGAGAUUAACAAUCGCAUCAAUUCUGUCAGAAUGGCAAGAACCGAGAUCCAAUCUAACCCAGUUGUUGAGGUUAAGAUGAAUUUAAUUGGCAGACGGAGCAAAGAUGGAAGGACAUAUAAUUUACCAACCGCUAAUGAGGUAGCUGCACUUAUUGUUGGGGAUCUGGACCCAUCAAUGGGUGAUCUAGACAUAUUGAUACAGAGCAGGACUGGGCAGUUGAAGAGAAUAAAUCAAUUAAACCCUGCGUAUCUGCCGCUACAGUAUCCUUUGUUGUUCCCAUACGGUGAAGAUGGUUACCGUGAAGAUAUUUCAUUCUCUGAUGCAUGGCACCAACGACAUCAUGGUGGUAGGAAAAGAAUUAGCCCUAAAGAGUAUUUCUCAUUCUAUAUACAUGAGAGAGUAAAUGAAAACCAUACAUUAUUGUAUUCUAGAAGGUUAUUUCAACAAUACUUGGUUGAUGCAUAUACAAUGAUUGAAUCUGCACGAUUGAUCUACAUUAGAACUCAUCAGAAAGCUUUGCGUUGUGAAGCUUAUCAAGGAUUGAGCGAUGCAUUAACAAGGGGAGAAUUAGACCCUACCGGUCGAGGUAAAAGAAUUAUACUACCAUCAUCAUUCACAGGUGGAGCCAGGUAUAUGAUUCAGAACUAUCAAGAUGCAAUGGCAAUAUGCAGACAAAUCGGUUAUCCACAUUUGUUCAUAACAUUCACUUGCAACCCAAAGUGGCCUGAGAUUGAACGGUAUGUUGCCCAUCGUGGCCUUAAACCAGAGGAUAGACCCGAUAUUAUUUGUCGCGUGUUUAAAAUGAAACUUGAUGCUAUGAUUGAAGACAUAAAAACACAAAAGCUGUUUGGCGACAUAUGUGGAGUUAUCUACACUAUUGAAUUCCAAAAGAGAGGACUUCCCCACGCACACAUAUUGCUAUUUGCCAAAACAAUAAACAGGGCUAAUUCCGCAGCCGAGAUUGAUGCUAUUAUUUCAGCUGAAAUUCCUGACCCAGAUGCUGACACUGAGUACCAUGACGUAGUUGGCGAAUUCAUGUUGCACGGACCGUGCGGACAACUUCGGAAGAAUUCGCCCUGUAUGAUUAAUGGUAAAUGUUCAAAGUUUUUUCCAAAAAAAUAUGUUAGUCAUACGUGUUUGGAUAAAGAUGGUUACCCAAUAUACAGAAGGCGUGAUAAUGGGAGUAUAAUCACUAGGAAUGGAAUCGAACUUGAUAAUCGUUAUGUUGUUGCGCAUAAUAAACAUCUACUCCUAAAAUAUCGCGCACAUAUUAACGUUGAAUGGUGCAACCAAUCCAGAUCUAUUAAAUAUUUGUUCAAAUACGUGAACAAGGGAAACGAUAGGGUCACGGCAAAGUUCAUGAGUAGUUCUACAAAUGGACAGAAUGAUGAGGUGGUUGAUGAAAUUAACAUGUACUAUGAUUGUCGGUACAUAUCAGCAUGUGAAGCAACGUGGAGGCUUUUUGGGUAUGCAAUACAUUAUCGGACGCCACCUGUGGAAAGGUUAAAUUUUCACUUAGAGCACCAACAGAAUGUUGUCUAUGGUGAAGAUCAGACACUCGAUGAGAUUGUGGAGAACCAAACAGUUAAGCAGAGCCAAUUCACAGCUUGGUUUGAGGCAAAUAAGAAAUACGAAGAUGCACGUUCUCUCACUUAUGCAGAGUUCCCAAGUAAGUUUGUUUGGAAACAAGACCUGCGUGAAUGGCAACCAAGAAAGAGAGGAUUUUCCAUAGGACGAUUGUUCUAUGUUCCGCCAGGUUGUGGAGAAUUAUACUAUCUAAGAUGCCUUUUAAAUCUAAUACGUGGACCUUCAAGCCACGAUGAUAUACGCACUGUUGCUGGAGUCAUUCACAAAUCAUAUAGAGAUGCAUGUUAUGAAUAUGGUUUAUUAGAUGAUGACAAGGAGUACAUCGACGGCAUAACUGAUUCGAGCUACUGGGCUUCUGCGUCUGCUUUAAGAAGAUUGUUUGCUACGCUUCUGAGUUCAAGUACAAUCAGUAGGCCAGAGGUCGUAUGGGAUGCUGUUUGGAAAUUUCUUGUAGAAGAUGCACAGUUUCAUCAUCGACGUCGCAUGAACAAUCCAGAUUCCGAUAAGAAACAGUUUGCUCUUGUGGAAUUGGAGAAAUUGUUAUCUUUGUGGGGGAAGAGUCUGAGAGACUUUCCACAAAUGCCACUUCCAGAUGAAACCAACAUCGGGUUUAUGGAAAACAUGUUGAUAGCUGAAGAGUUGGCGUAUGAUAAGGAAUCAUUGAAGAUAGAGCAUGAAACAUUAAUAACACAAUUGACAGAAGAGCAAAAGAAUGUUUACAACUCUGUGAUGAAUGAUAUUGAUUGUAAUGGAGGUGGACUCUUCUUUGUGUAUGGUUACGGAGGAACAGGCAAGACAUUCGUGUGGAUGACGUUAUCCUCAAUGAUAAGGAGCCGUGGAGAUAUUGUUUUAAAUGUUGCUUCAAGUGGAAUAGCAUCUUUAUUAUUACCGGGAGGAAGGACAGCGCAUUCUAGAUUUGCUAUACCACUUUCAUUGAAUGAAGAUUCCACGUGCAAUAUAUCGCAAGGUAGUGACCUUGCUGAGCUUAUAAUUAGGAGCAAAUUGAUAAUAUGGGAUGAAGCACCAAUGACUCACAAACACUGUUUUGAGGCUUUGGACAAAACCAUGAGGGAUCUAUUGAGGUUUGCCAUACCGGGUAGUGCUCAAAAGACAUUUGGUGGAAAGACAGUAGUUUUGGGCGGUGAUUUUAGACAAAUUCUUCCAGUUAUCCCCAAAGCAACGAGACCGAUAGUUGUUGGAGCAACUAUUAAUUCUUCAUACCUUUGGACAAAUUGUAAGGUAUUGAGGCUCACCAAGAACUUAAGACUACGGACCUUAGCUUCAGAGGAAGAUAAGCAGACGGUUGAUUGGUUUUCAAAAUGGAUUGCAAACAUAGGAGAUGGGAUAACAGGAGUUGUAAACAAUGGGUUGUCUGAGAUCGAUAUUCCACCAAGGUUUCUCUUAAACUGUGGCCAUGAUCCGAUAGCAACUAUAGUGGAAAGCACAUUCCCAAGCGCGAGAUAUGGCAUGAUUGAUGAGUUGGACCUAGAAGAAUCAGACGGCGAAAAUCUAUCACAAGUACACACUCCUGAAUUUUUAAAUAGUCUGAGAUUAUCAGGACUUCCCAAUCAUUCAUUGAUAUUAAAGGUUGGUGCACCUGUUAUGUUAUUACGGAACAUAGAUCACUCUCUUGGUCUUUGCAAUGGUACGCGCCUCAUUGUCACAAGAUUGACAGAUCAUAUUGUGGAAGCAAAAAUAGUUAAUGGGACACAUCAACGGACCAAAGUUCUUAUUGCCCGAAUGUCUCUCACCCCAUCUGAUACGAGAUUGCCCUUCAAGUUCCAGCGUAAACAAUUUCCGUUGAUGCUUGCAUAUGCAAUGACUAUCAACAAAAGUCAGGGUCAAACACUAACCCACGUUGGGUUAUUGCUAAAAAAACCGGUCUUUAAUCACGGUCAGCUGUACGUGGCUUUUUCGCGAGUAACUCAUCCUAAUGAUUUGAAAGUUUUAGCUCUAGACGAGUAUGGACAAACUUCUUUUACUACUACCAAUGUUGUCUACAAAGAAGUUUUCAAUAAUGUGUAA